AUGAUCCUGCUCGAACCCCGCAAGCUUACAGCACGAGAAGACGACGGGCACGACCGCAUAUCCCCGACCACGAUCAUCACUGUAUCCGUAUUCCUUGCCAUCCUCCUCAUCCUGCUCCUCGCUGGCAUGGUAUUCUGCUGGCGCAACCCACAUUGGCUGUCGGUGUGGCGGCGGAAGCAACGAGACGACAAUGCCACAUACACGGCCCGAGCAAAGGGCCUCGGCAUCGAGGGCGCCGGAGACCUGGAAGAGUCCAGACCAAACACCCAGAGAUCCGAUAUGAGCUAUGCUGAUCUUGCACGGGAGAAGGAGCUGCGUAGAGAGGACUACCAUACGCCGGUGGUGAUGCCGAGCAGAGAGAAGGAGAGCUCGAGGGUGGACGUAACUACUGCUCAUGAUGCUCAAGCUCAUACAACAUUUCCAAAGCCCGUGGCGAGCUUGGGAACCCCACGGUUGGCAAUGUCGAAGGCGAUACGGUAUGUCACAAAGGACGCACAAUACCUCUCCAUCUUCCAAACAUUCUCAAAAUCGCCAUCCUCCGCAAAGGGGACGCCCAAAAUUGCCCCGCCGCGCGUGGCACUGCCGCCGCAGCAGCUGUCCCCGCGGAAAUACGGCUUCCGCAGUGCCCGCGCCGCAAAGAAGGGACGGACGGGUCCAAAACUAUCAAUAUCAGCUCCAGUAUAUGGAGAUCUCCCACCGCUGACACUGUCACUACCGACAAUGACUCUAUCGUGGGCAAAUUACGAGAACGGGACGGGCCCGAGCCCGGAACCGUCGUCGAUAAGUCCCAACCAGUCGGAGCUGGUGUUCACUGACUGUGUGGAGUCGCUGUCGGAUGCGGAGGAUGCGGAGGAGGUGUCGACGGUGGACUAUGAGGCGUUUUCGUCGCGGGGCGGUGAGUUUAGUGAUUAUCGCCGGGCCAGCAACGGGAAGAGGCUGUCGUUUCAUAGCCAGAUGAGCGGCGUGAGUAUCUUGUCGACGGAUACGGGCAAGGUUACUGGUGUCAGGAAUCAUUCCUAUUCUCCAACAUUACGAUCACCUGAACCAGCUGUUUUCGUCCUAAAAAAACUGUCACCACAGAUCCAUCAGAUAGAAUUAAGAUUCUACAGAUAUUCUAUUAUAUAUCUCCUUUGCGCCUAUCUGCCAGAAUUGGGCUCCAUGGACAUCCUACCACCUCCAAUGCUCCCCGUGCCUGAAUCCCAAAUCUUUGACCCAGCCCGUUUUACCUACCCCCUGCACACCGCCUGCCCACUCAUCAAAAGCUCAUGGCACACCGCCGGCCUGGACCCCGUCCCCGACUCCGCCCCGCUCAUCCUCACCAGCCGCUUCGGCCUCGUCCUCAAUAGUAAGAACUUCUGGCGCUUCCACGCAACCAAGGACACUUGCCUCGCGUGGUACGGUGCUUCCUCCAUCGUUACCUUCGUGCAGCUCAUGGCGGCGAAGCGGGCAACGCUGAGUGCUCACUUCCACCAUCUGGGCGUCGCUGCCACGGCCGCAUACUUCGCGACCCAGCAGGAUGCAGACACCCCGCAGCACCCGGCUUGCGAGGACUUCCCGUGGGUGGGGAGGUGGGCGGCGCUGUAUGAGAGGGAGGCGCAGGGGUCGUUGGGGAGGGCGUGGGGCACGCAGGACCCGAGGUCGUACCUAAGGGCGCUGGUGAAGGGGGACGACGAGGAGAGGUUUGAGGAGGACGAGGAGGUGGCGAUUGAGAUGUAUCUAGAUAGUGGGGGCGGAAGGAUUAGGAGGAAUGAGGAGUAUCGGGCCAUCAGGCAGAGCAUACGGGAUUCUCGAGCCGCUAUGAGAGAAGAGGGGAACAGAGAGCUACUCGUAGGGGACGGACAUGAGACUAGGGAGGGUGGUGCUGCUGCCAAAGAGGAGGAGGGUGAUAGCUCUGAUUGCGAUGAUGAUGAUUUCUAUGGUGAUGAUAUGAAAGUGGAGGAGGGAUAG